AUGGAUGUGCAUUCAGAAAUAUCUGAACCUCUAACGCCUGGUCUGUCUUACGAAAAUAGUAGCUACUGGAAAAAUGAAGAUAGCGGUUAUCACACAUCUUUUACGCCAGGUUCAUUGGAAUGUUCCGAAGUAUCCAAUGAUAGUGUCAAUGCUACAUUAAUAAAAGGUAGCAUUUGCUUCAGUGUUCCUUAUCAAGUGGAGUGCUAUAAAUUGAGCCCCGAUGUCAAGUUAGUGCCUCAAAACAAUUACAACUUUUCAACAAAUUUUCGAAAUAACGAAUGCUUUAAAGAUUCUCCAAUUAGUCGGAGGGGUAUCAAAAGGCCUUUUCAAGAAGACUGUGAAAAUAUUAAUACCUCUUAUUCAUCAAUUCCUACACCAACAACAUUAAUAGCCGGCGGAUUAAGAAAAUUAAAAUUUCAUGAUGGAGGUAAAACAAAAGCAAUAAAGGGUUCAGAAUAUACUGAAAGUCUACAUGAUACAUUCUAUAACAUUAAUGCCUUUCCUUCAACACCAAUUAAGAAGAGCUGUAGAACAAGUUGUAAGUUAAACAGUCCUACCAGUUUGAAAAGACCAGCUAAAAAGCUUAAUUUUGUUAUGCACUCACUGUCCUGUGAAGGCAAAGGAUUACAGGCAAUACCUAAAGCUUCUAAGUCUAAGGCAGUAAAAAGUAUUCAGUUCCGACCAGAACAGAAAAUAGACAUUAUAGGGAUGUUGUACAAAAAUGCCAAUGUGACACCACCCCUUAUGAAAAUCUUCAGUUACCUAUCCAAUGAAGAUAUCUUUAAUUUCACCUUAGUAAGUCCACUCUGGACAAGAGUGUGGGAAGAUGUUAGUAAAUCUAGUAAGCAAUUGGAAUAUAGUUUGUAUUUAAGAAGAUCAAAAGAAAAUGCAGAGAAUAAAGAGGUUGCACCAAAAAUGUGUGGACAACAUACAUUAAAACCUCUUACAGAAAUACACAAUAUAAUUCCAAAAAAGCCAGGCAGCAGCCCUCCUGGUACACCGAGGACAAUUAGGUUCAAGAAAUUUGCUAAGGCAGCCACAUUGGACAUCCGAAAGCAACUGUCCUGUGCAAGGUGCCAUCAACCGGCCAAAGUGACAGAAGAACCUACUGGAGAAGAAUGGGUGGAGUGUACAAGUGUAACAUGCUCAUAUCAAUACUGCAAGUUCUGUAGGUGUGAACGCCAUCCUGGAAAGACGUGCUUUCAAUAUGACCUGGAUGGCCCGAGUCCCUCUAAGAGAAAGAAAAACCCUUAUGCAGUUGGUACAAAGAAAAGCAGGAAAAACCUCAGAAGACUUUUGUAG